AUGUCUAUUGCAGGAUUCUCGGGACAAUGCCGAUUUGAGUUCAAAAUUUCUAAUCCGUUGGAAAUCACAGAGCCUCUAUUUACAUCAUCAUUUGUAACUUCCUCCGGACAUUAUUGGGAACUUAUCUUUGAGCCGAUAUCGCAAAAGGAUCCAGAGUAUUGUGGUUUAUACCUGCGAGCCAUAUUAAAUGCUGAAGAACAAGUUUCGACAGCAUCAUGGAAGAAGCGUGAAAACAUUACAAUCAGAAUAUUCAUUAGAGAUGUUGAUGGGAGCAGAAGUGGCAGUCGAAUACUAUUCCAAAGUACCCUCUUUCCUGACUUUUUAUCCCUCAGAUCGUUAGCCAGAGGAAUUAUUUCCACAACUUCUACAUCAGAUUCGUUAGACCCACUCGAUUCACCAACCAGUCCUACUUUCCUAUCGCCUACAAUCAAUUCGCACCUUCUCCCAUGUUUCUCAACACCGUCCGCACCAGUAGGCAAUCCCUACGCAUUCAAGCGAAGCGAAUUACCGUCUACUAUCAUCAUUGGUGCAUUUUUCACGGAGGAUACCCUGACUACAGACACAGUUAUCCUUGGAAGACCUACCGUACCUUACCAUUUGUUGAAAGCAUGGAUAGCAGAAUUAGAUAACAAGGAAGUUGGAGACGUACAAUUCAGCAUUAAAGGCCGACAAAUAUAUGCGAGGAGUGCCAUAUUGAAGAAGCGGUCGAAAUAUUUUGAGCAAGCACUUUCGAGCGAGUGGGCUGAAAAACAGUCCAUUAACGAUAAAGCGAAUCCGAACAUAAAACAUUUCUUUGAAAUAACCGAUUUUGAUGCUGAAACUUUUUUACAAAUGUUGAAGUUUUUAUACACAGAUCAAACACCGUUUGAAGAUUCGUCCACUCCAUUGGAAACGGCACUCUCGAUGCUAACGAUUGCAGACAAGUAUCUGAUCACUGAGCUCAGACAAAGAUCGAAAGAGGCCCUGAUUCAGCAGAUCGAUGAUGAGAACGCUUAUGAUGUGCUAUUUUCGUAUGGAUGGCAGUGGUCAGACGUUAAAGAGGAACUCAUGGCGUAUGUUAUAAGCCAUUUCGAUGUCGUUCGAAUGACAACUGGGUUCAAGAAAAUUUCCAUGUCGCCAGGCGAUUAUCCCUUGUAUACAGAACUUUUUAUCGAGAUAAUGCAAUCGCUCAAUUUGACUGGUUAG